UUACUCCAGCAAUGACCUUCGGUUGGACGUAAUCAGAGAUGUGAGAGAUAAGUUGCAGUAAACAUGUUAGGCUGCGAAAGUGUGAGUACAUUUGAUUUUGACAUUGUCGACGGUGCCGACUGUGUCGACUGUGUGCUGUUAAAAUUGAAUUCCUAGUUUAGAAGGUUUUAGUGUCAGGAAGUAGUUGUACAAAAAUGUAUGGUGUACGUAUGUUUAAAGAGUGCGUAAAAUGUCAGCAAUUUAGACAAAGUGCAGUUACGAGUUUUCGAAAUGUUACUGCAGCUUCAUCUUCAGUCGCACAGACCACAGCAAAGUUUAAAUGGGAAGACCCCUUGAAUUUGGAGUCACAGCUGACACAGGAUGAAAUUAUGAUGCGUGAUUCAUUUCGUUCCUUCUGUCAAGAGAAGCUUAUGCCUCGAGUGUUGCUGGCUCAUCGUAAUGAGGUCUUUCAUCGAGAAAUCAUGAAUGAGCUUGGAGCAGUGGGUGUCCUGGGCUGCACCAUACAUGGCUAUGGCUGUGCUGGAGUAUCAUAUGUAACGUAUGGUCUACUGGCUCGUGAACUGGAGCGCGUUGAUAGCAGUUACCGCUCUGUAUUUAGUGUCCAGUCUUCACUAGUUAUGCAUGCUAUUGAAGCAUAUGGCUCUCCUGAGCAAAAGGAGUACUACCUUCCAAAACUGGCACGUGGAGAAUUGGUAGGAUGCUUUGGUCUGACGGAACCAAACCAUGGAAGUGAUGUUAAAGGCAUGGAGACAAAAGCCAAGUAUAAUGCAGGAAAGAAAUGCUACAUUUUGAAUGGUAGCAAAACUUGGAUUACAAAUGCACCAAUUGCAGACUUCUGUAUUAUCUGGGCAGUUUGUGAGGAUGGUAAAGUAAGAGGUUUUAUCGUGAACAGAGAAUCAGAAGGACUAGAGACUCCCAGAAUUGAGGGGAAAUUCUCUUUACGUAUAUCAAGCACAGGAAUGAUCCAUAUGGAUGAUGUCAAAGUACCUGAAGAAAAUCUGUUACCAAAUGUGGAAGGUUUGAAGGGCGCCUUUGGAUGCCUAAACAAUGCACGGUAUGGUAUUGCAUGGGGUGCUUUAGGUGCUGCAGAGUUCUGUAUGAAAAUGGCUCGGCAAUACACGCUAGACCGCUACCAAUUUGACCGACCUCUUGCAGCCAAUCAGCUGAUACAGAAGAAGCUGGCUGACAUGUUGCAAGAAAUCAGCAUUGGACUACAAGCUUGUGUUCAUGUUGGUCGACUCAAGGAGAAAAAUAUGGUAACACCAGAGAUGAUCUCAAUUUUGAAGCGUAAUUCAACAGGCAAGGCUCUAGAAAUUGCACGAACAGCUCGUGAUAUGCUUGGGGGAAAUGGAAUUUCAGAUGAAUAUCAUGUAAUUCGUCAUGCUAUGAACCUUGAAGCAGUCAAUACUUACGAAGGUACACAUGAUGUUCAUGCACUGGUUCUGGGUAGAGCCAUCACUGGAAUAUCAGCAUUCAGCUGAACUGCCAUCAGGAAUAUAUUCGUGUCAUGGUCCAUCAAGAUAAGAUGUGUACCUGCUUUUAUAAAGCCAUUAUUUAAAAAAUUACAUUUAAUUGUUACCACAAAAACUGUGCCUUAUGUUUGUAUCCCCUUCUGCUUUUAUAACGGCCUUAAGUGUAGAAUCCAUCAUCAAAGUGUAUGGAGAUGAAGAAUAAACAAUAAAUAUUUUUUA